AUGGGCUAUGGACUACCGACAAAGAAGAUCAGUGCUGAGACUGGAGUUUCUCGUCAAUCACUUGUCAAUUAUUGCACCUGUUUACGUGAAGUCUGCAGCACUAAGCUAAAGAAUGAAGACACAGAGAUGACCCAAAAGAAAGACAAGAAGCCGAAAGACAAGGUGAAGACAAAGAAACCCAAAUUUGCUAGAUCCAAAAAGAUCAAGAAGGCUGAAAAGUCACCGAAACCAAACGCUAAGAAAGCAACAACAAAGAAAGCCAUUACGAAGAAAAUUCCCAAAAAGACGGCGAAGCCAAAGAAGUCAGUCGCUAAGAAAGUGACUAAAAAGUAA